AUUCUGCAGUUGAAGCCACUCCACAAGUGUCAGCAAUCUCCCUGAUAAUCCCUGGUGGAGGUGAGCAUUGUUGACGUCUCUCAGCUGUAAAUACCCCUCCGGAAUUCUGUUGGUUAAAAUGUAGUGGCAGAAUGUACCCCAAUAACGGAAACCUCACUAGGAGAGGUCCCCAGCGGGGUCAACCAGCAGUGGAGACUGACCCCCUGAAUGGCAGAGGACCUCCCGACACCGGUCAUCCUCCACCUUCUAUUGGAGAGCAGUUCAGGGAGUCCUGGUUGACGACCAUCAUUGGGUCUAUUUUAUUCGCCAUUGGAAUGUGUCUUCUCUUCUGGAACGAGGGAAGAGCAGCAUCGGUGGCUAGAUCCCUGAACGAAGCCCUGGAGAACGUACUGACAAUCACAGAUAUGAAGACUGUCCCAAAGGAAUACGAAGGGAAACUCGUUCAUCUGUCAGGAGCAAUAUGGACGUCUGAGCCGCUCACUGAGCCUGAUUAUGGGGUCAUCGUUGAGGGAAUUAAGUUGAAGAGAAGAGUUCAAGUUUAUCAGUGGGUGGAGAUCGAGGAGGAGAGAACUUACGCCGGUGAAAUCCAAGAGGACAAGAACUACUACUACACAACCGAAUGGCGUGACAAAUUAAUCGACUCUGACACCUUCUACAUUCGCACUGGUCACGAAAAUCCCAAAGAAGUGCCAAUAAAAAGUCAAAUCCAGAUAGCAGACGAAGCUGGCAUUGGAAACAUUAAAUUUGGUCUGGAGUUGAAGAAAAAAUUCAACGACUUCAUCGAGAUCACCAGCGAUCAGAGGCCUGACCGGCGGGACAUUAAGAUGCACUCCGGCCUCUACUAUCACGCUGUCGAUCUCUGGAAUCCACGAGUUGGUGAUUUGAGAAUUUUAUUCUCCUACGCGGGGAAGGUCGGGGAGGUCUUUUCAGUCGUUGGAAAACUGGAGGGAGGCACUGUUGUUCCUUACAUAACGUCCAGAGGGGAGGAGAUACUUCUCCAGAGGAAGCACAGGGUCACCGUAGACCGAAUGUUUCACCUGGAGCAUGUGCACAAUUACUGGCGUACGUGGACCAUCAGAGGUCUUGGCUGGCUGGUCCUGUUCGUAGCAGCCAGUUGUCUCGUCAAUAUUUUAACUACGAUAAUUCAAAAUUCGUCAUUCCUCUGCGGGAUAAUAGCGAUCGAUUCACUCACAAUGUCUGUCUCCAUGUCAUUAAGUCUUCUAGUCAUUGGAUUUGCCUGGGUGUGGUACAGGCCAAUCGUAGCUCUCUGUCUAGCUUUUGCAUCGAUGGUGCCUUUCAUCUACUCAACUUUCACGUCUUGCAAUAGACCACAUCCAGAUAGAGAUCAGUACAGGAGAUUCUGAUCUAUUCUCGUCCGUAUGUGAAUCGUGAACGAGUAAUUUAUUUAUAGAAUUUGUAGUAAUAAAGUUGUUUUUAUCAGAAAUAUACAGGAAAAUCGAUACGA